GCACUGUUCAAUAUGACCAAUCACACCAUCAUUCUUAUACAGCCCAACUCGGCCCCCAGUUCCCGCACCUACUAUGACAAUGAAACUGUAGCGGAUGCUAUGGAUCAAAUCGCCAGUCUAUACGAACAAGAGCUGCAGCGACAAAACCCACGAGCGGGUCAAAUCCAAUAUCGAGCUGAAGAUCUUUUCCGGUUCAUUGACACUUACAAAGAAUUCGUAGCACUUGUGUUUGAUCCAACUACAAGAAGUUAUCAACCACGCGAUAAAGAAUGGAUCAAAAGCACGCUGUUAAACCAUUUUAGCAGACAAAAUGCUGCUGCAGCACCGCCACCCAGAAACAGUUACUCUCAUCAGGGUCGUUACAGAAGGAGAUAAAACCAAACAAAAAAAACAUGCAUAGCAGGAAUACAAUAUACAAUGGUUGAUUCAAACUCAUUCUUCCAUUUACACAAUAUGUUUCCUCGCAUUGAACUGAAAAUGUGAAAUAUUAUUACUAUUAUUAUUAUUUACUUUCUUUUGGCCGAGGGAUGAAUUUCAUCAUUAUCUUUUCUUGUGCAUACGUCGUUUUGUUAUGUGCAAAAUCAAACAGAGUUUUUGACAGUGCAACAGAUCAUCAUCAUUGCUUUGCACAGGAACAAACACAUAAAAUGAUUUCCCCCUUAAGACCCUCCUCUACAUGAAAAAAGGCAACUUUUGUCAAGGUAGCCUCUGGACCAAAAAAUAAGCCAUACGAUGAAUUCACUGAUUUUUAAUUAAAAUAUCGUGUUGCGGGAUCCCUUUUUCCCUUCAGC